AUGCCAUAUAACAAGAUUGUCAUAACGUGGGAAGGAUCUUUUGUGGGGUGGUGUAGUAAGCAGACUCCCUCCUUUAUGUGUGGGCAGCUACAUCAGCUGCUCUUGGCCUGUCGGCAUGGCAAGAGUUACCUAGCACCAGGAAGUUAUGAAAAUGACACUGAGCAUGGAAUUAGAGAGGACAGGUCAGAGGAUCCCAUAUCCCUCCAGCCCAUGGGGUCGGAGCGGAUGGAGAUGCGCAAGAGGCAGAUGUCGGGCCAGCAGGAGUCGGCGGCGGGCGGGGGGACAGCGCCGCAGCCCGGCCAGCCCGGCCAGCCCGGUCAGCCCGGUCAGGCCCAGCGCGCCAACAACGCCUGCUGCUUCUGCUGGUGCUGCUGCUGCAGUUGCUCAUGUCUCACUGUUAGGAAUGAAGACAGGGAGGAGAGGAACCAGAGAGCCUCGUGUGACGUCGCAGCCGAGGGCACCACCGACUGUGAUGAGAGCCUGAAGCCCACUGCAGAGGAAGUACGCUUGUGGGGACAGUCCUUUGACAAGCUGAUGUGCGGCCCUGCUGGGCGCAGCGCCUUUCGGCAGUUCCUGCGCACCGAGUUCAGCGAGGAGAACAUGCUCUUCUGGCUGGCCUGUGAGGAAUUCAGCAAGGAGACCAACAAGAGCGUCAUCGAGGAGAAGGCGCGGCUCAUAUAUGAGGAUUACAUCUCCAUCCUCUCGCCCAAAGAGGUGAGCCUGGACUCGCGCGUUCGAGAUGUUAUAAACAGGAACAUGCUGGAGCCCACAUCCCACACUUUUGAUGACGCCCAGCUCCAGAUUUACACAUUAAUGCAAAGAGACUCAUACCCACGCUUCAUGAACUCCCCCGUCUACAAAAGCCUACUCAAGAGCAUCUCGGAGCAGUCUCCAGAAUCCUAGAUAUCUGUGAUCCUGGUUGAAUAAUCCUCUCUGCAUUUCUCCUUAUUUAUUAUUUCUUUGGGGGGGGGGUCUUUUCUUUGGGUAGAGUAUAUUUUAAAGGACCUCAGCAUGGGUUAUCCCAGGGACUUUACAGCAUUAGAGAUCUGUACCUGAAAAAAGACACUCAGGUCUCCAGGUCACUGGAUUUUUAAAAAAUGUCUCAAAUUUCCUGAGGGCUCAACUCCACAACUACUGCUACAGAUCAACAUAGCAAGAUGCUCCAAAGGAUUAUCAGUGUGUUUGAUGUUUUUAAGAAAAUCUAUUUUAUUUGUGUUGGGAGUUUCUUUUCUAAUUAUUGUUUUUAAUUACCUUUUUGUAUUCUGUUUGAAAGAAGUGAUACCCAUUGUGGGCUAUUUACAGUAUAUAUAGUAGAUAUAUUUAUGAAUUUAUAUUUCUUCAAUGAUCUUUCUUGUCUAACAAUGUUUAAAGAAAAGGGAAUGAUGGGUAACAGGACGUGCCCAGUACUGAAACUGCUUAUGAGAAUCAAAGCUCAAGUCAAGGCAACACAUCAGCUGUACUCACAGGAACCUGUGAUGGGGACUGUAAUGUUCAAGCUCUCUCACACUGCCUCUUUCACUACCUGUUCCCUGUCAUGAUAACUUGGCACCUCCAAUCGGACAAGACAUUUCACCAUUUUUUGUGGGUUUUUUUCUUUUUCUAAUCAAUGAUAAAGGCAGAGCUACUAAAACAGUGACAGUUUUGCUUUGGCUCUGUACUCCAGCAUGCAGAAAAUUAAAUGAAACUAUGACUACGGGGUUUAAGCACAGAAUUCCAGCUUUAAAGCUGUUUACAUCUAUAUCAAGCGAUUUUGAGGGGAAUUAAAACUUUUAUACUUAUAGUGCUUCAUUUCAGGGGAGCAAAAUAAUUGGACAAAUGACAAUAAUCUUAUACAUUUAGCACUUUGUUGCACGUCGAGAUCUGCCAAAUGUCUCUGAUUCAUAUGGACAUACAGUUUUGUGCUUGUUUUAGGGGCUUUCUGCCUCUUAGGUUUUGUUUCAGUAAGUGUAUACCACAUACUCAGUGAGUUGCAGGCUGAUUGAUUAACUUUGCCAGUCAUAACAUUCUUCUUUUUUGCAAUGAAAAACUCACAGUAUGUUUCGGUCCAGUAUGACACUAUCCAGUAAAUUGUAAGGCAUGCCGAAUCUGUUUAGCUGCCUCUUUACACUCACAAAUUACCCUCUGCUGCCAUCAAUCUUCACAUCAGAAAAGACAAGAGAUCCAGCAACAUUGUACCUGCCACUUUGAUACAUCUAUGGCUGAAUUCUGGAUGCUGUUCUUGAUUUGAUUUAAAACAAUUUUUCCUCAGGUGUGAAAGUAUAUUUUGGUCACCACUGUAGUCUUCCAUGGUCUGCCAUCUUAUAAGUUAUUGCUAGGAUCACUUGUGUGUUCUUUCUUCUUAACAAUGUACCAGUCAUUUGAAUUUGAAACAUGUUUUGACAAUGGCUCUGAUUUAUUUAUUUAUUUAUUUAUAUUACAACUUAAUGGCAUAGCUUUUUGGUCCUCAUAUUGAGAAAUAGCAACAAAUGCCACAGCCAAACCCUUUUUGAUCUCUUGUGCAUGAAAUAACAAUGCGGUCACACACGGCCAAGAAACAACCGAGUGGCCUUUGCUAUAAGUAUAUAUGGUCCUUUAAAAUGGGAGUAAUGUGUUUAAAAAGUGUCGCAAUUCCUACAAAGUUCACCUGAUAUAGAGGCCUGUACCCUCACAAUUAAGUUAAAAGUAUGCACUUUGGAAUCAUUGUCAUUCCGUUUUAAAUCCAGUGUGCUACAGUAAAGAGGCAAAACCACAAACAUUGUCACUGAACAAUUGCUUAUGGUAUGAACAAUGACAAUGAGUCAUGAGAACAGUAGCUAGUUUGUACCCAUGUCCAAAUACGCGUACAGUAGAAGGCUGAAGAAAUCUUGUGCAUACAGAUGUAUUCAAAUGAUCUAAAUUACUUCAAUUGUAUUAUGAUGAAUAUAAAUAUUCUACUAUCUAUAAGUAUUAUACUUCAGUAUCAAAUAUAGCUUAGACUACAUCCCUAACAGACCUAACAGAUAGUUUAUCUUUUUUUCUUUCUUUUUAGUACUCCAAUUAGUAAGUGAGUGACAAUAAAGUAGCCAAGUUCUCUUAAACUGUAUUCUAACUAGCCUACCAGUGACUAGAAUUGGAGUUGCCAAGUGUUUUUCUGCAUUUUAGUUCUGCAAAUUAUUUUGUUGCCUGACUUUCAUGUCACUCAAACACAAGAUCCUCACUCGGGGAAGUGCCUUGACAUUCAGUUUUGUGACAUCUCUUUUAUGGCAAUAGUUGAAUCAAACUCUUGCCACAGAAAUAGACUCUGGGCCUUUGAUCAAUUUAUGACAUGAUUUGUCCUGAAGUGACUUCUGAACUGAAUCCUUGCACUUCAUUUGUUUGUUUUUAAUAUCAGCUUUCCCAUCAUUUAAAUCACAGUAAAAUUAAGAAAUAGGUUUGCGUCUUUCGAUUACAGAACAGUGAUUCAUAGGGCUUGUUGAUCUGUUUAGAUGUGCAUCUGCCAGUAUGUAUUACAUGGUGGUACUUCUAAUUGUCUUGGAAUAACCCAAUAUGUGCAAUUUGAGCUGAUGGAUUCACUAUAUAGAUCAACCUCAAGUACAAUCUAAGCCAAUGGUUUGGAGUGCUACUGCCUAUACAUUUUUUUGAUCAUUCUAUAUAGUACUCAAAGUUAUUUUCCAAUCAGUUUGCGAUAUACAUUUUUAAAUUAAUAAUAUGUGAAUGUUUACAGUAAAGUUUUUUUCUUUUUUGUUUUAUUCAACUAAGACAAAUACUGAUUGGUGGGCAUUUGGAUUCUUUAAGAUAAAAUAAAGCACAAUAAUUUUACAGCUUUUGGUAUUUUGCUGUUCAAUAAGGAUGCAUACACCACAUCCAAACACCACUUUUGCCAGUCACUGGAGUGUGCCGUGUGUUAGCCGUGAACAGCGACAGUAGUAAGCUCACUUCUCUGGAGAGGAUGCACCUGGGAGGCUUACCGAAGAGCACAUGAACACAUGAGCUUAACAAAGAGCACACGAACACAUGAGCUUACCAAAGAACACACACCACGUCCUUAAUGACUCACUGCCACCGAUGCCACCCACCAUGAACCCUUCACAACUGAAAUAGUGGCCCUAAUACCCUCUGACACCCAAACAUUACUAUAAGAUGUGCCAAACUACUGUACGCCCAGGGGACUGUGAACUGCCAGCUCCCACUAUCCUCAUUCAUAUGCACAUAUGAACAUCAAACACAUUCAGUACAUGCUUGUUUCGUUGUUUGUUAUUCAAAUUAGGUGCUCAUAGAAGGGGGCUUGUUAAAACAAAGCAGUGGAAGGAAAUUCAACAAAACCCAUUUUCUAAUGGUAAAUGGGAAAGAGAUUCAUGUGCAGUCAGGGCCAGGACACGCAUGGGCUGUUUGUAAAAGUUUUGGAAAAACUCAAAUAUUUCUGGUCUCUCAAACACCAUACUCCCAAACAUAAACUGACAUAUUUAUGUUCACAUUCAACAUUAUAGGUAAAAUAAUAUAGCGUUGUAACAAAUAAAAGAAUCAAAUGUUGCAUUUUAAAACAUUGCCAAGAACAUGACAGGGAUCCUCCCUACUGAAUCAAUUGUUGGGAGUAGCAUACUCAUAAAUGUUUUAUGCCAUUUGAUUCAAAAACUGUGGUCAAAGUGAAAAGCAGUUAUGUCAACCUCAUUAAGCAUUUCCUUGGCAGUUAACUACAGCUCCAUACAAUGACGUUUCAGGUAUAGAAAUGAAAUUUUCAGAGUAGAUUUCAAGGAACAACAAUCAAACCAAUUUGAAUGAUAUACAUAAUUCACUAAGCUUGACUGUACAUACUGAAACUGCACAGCAUUGCAAAAUCCUUCUAAAAAACGACCACAGCUUUAGGAUGCUGACUACUGGAGCUGUUUCAAGUUUAAAGAUAUGGGUGUUGCCAAGUGUCUGGAUCAGCCAGCAAUUAUGUUCCUGGAGUUUGUCAGAGGAUGCUGAUUAGUCUGUACAGAAGUGAGCAGAGACAAACACAUGCUGUGGUUGUAGUGUCAAACUGCACCUGCAGCCGAGACUGAAGUGGAAGCUUACAAGCUGCUACAAUGGCCAGUCUACAUUCCAUUGACCAGAAAGGCAGAACACCCUGUUCAACACUGUGGAUUCCCUGUUCAAUAAAUGUGGAUUCUUAGUUAAGAUCUGGCAUCAAGACACUCUGGCCUACAGGUAUUAACUGACUCUGUAUGCCAACGGAACACCAAAUCAUUGCACCUCCCUCUCAAACCUGCAGAUUUGUAACAAUGCAAGAUGAACCCAUCCUUUCCUGUUUAGAAAACACUUUACUAUCAAGGUAUUGCUGGAGAGGCAUGUUUCUGAUCACUGAUAUGGAUUAGGACACAUGCUUAAUAUAGAACAAAGGUGUCCAACUUGUGUCCAUGAAGGCCAGUCUCACUCUAUGAAGUGUGAAAACACUAAACCCUGGACAGAUGUGACAAACAGGAGCG